AUGUUUAGAGACCGCACAAACUUGUACAUCUCGUACCGCCGAACGUUCCCACACCACCACGGCGUGUUCUCUGGCAAGACCGACCGCUUUGACGGGCUCAAGGACGAAGAGGAGGGCCUCAUCCAGCCGUACUCGGACACCGGCGAAACAGAGAUGGUGGAGUUGCCCCCCAGCAUUGUCGAGCUGCAGCGCAACUCAGAGCUCAUGCUGGCCGACAUACAGACGAAAAUCACAGAAUUGGGCAAGCUGUAUAAGAAGAACCUGCUCCCCGGGUUCAGCGACACCACCGAGGACGACGCCAAAAUCAAAGAGCUGUCCUUCAAAAUAACAAAGAGCUUCCAGCUCAUGUACUCCGAAAUCAAAACGCUCGACGACUCGCGGUUGCAAUUCCACAAGGCGGCCGAGACAGAAAUGGUGGACAACCUCAAGAAGAGCCUGGCCAUCCGCACGCAGGAUCUGUCGACGCAGUUCCGCAGUCUCCAGAACAGCUAUAUCCGCUACCUCAAGGAAGACGAGUUCGAGGUGCCUUUGAUAGACACCAAGGGCGGCGACAAGUUUGUCCAGACAGAGUCCAGCGAGAACAUCGAGUCGUACUCGCGCCAGGCGCUGCAGGAGUCGUCGCAGCAACUCAUGUCGCAGCAGGAAACCAUCAGCGACGAGUAUCUCCACCAGCGGGAAGAGGAGAUCUACAAGAUUGCGCAGGGCGUGAUAGAGAUAUCCACGAUUUUCAAAGAGCUCGAAAACAUGGUGGUAGACCAGGGAACCGUGCUGGACAGAAUUGACUACAACUUGAGCAAGACGGUUGUCGAUGUGAAAGGAGCAGACAAACAGAUGAAAAAAGCGGAAAAAUACCAAAAGGCCACCGCAAAGUGCAAGCUGGUGUUCUUUCUUGUGCUGCUAAUUCUACUGUUCCUCAUGAUCCUCAUAGUGAAGCCGAAAAAUGUGGACCACUACUACGAGCCCAAGCCUGCACAGCCAGACCAGCCGGCAGACCAGCCGGCUACGCCAAACACGCCCAACGAUGAUUACGACUCCCUGCUUGCAGAAAGCGGAUAG